UUAUUAUGAAAAAGUGUAAAUUUGUUAAAGCUCAACUUCAACAAUUUCUUUAUCCCAUUCUCUCGCAUAUUCCAUUUAGAUCUUUUGGGGGAAAAAAAACACAAUUCCAGCAUCAGCAAUCGAACUUCAAGCCUCCACGUAGGCAUCAAGCAUUAGUAUGAACCAGGAGGGCUAGAUUCGCCAGUUUGAUUUAGAUCAUUCUGCGUGUUUUCUGUGAAUCCGGGGAGGAUAUCUUAUUUUUAUGCGUAUGUGCUUAUUUGGACGAUUUGUGAAAGUAGCGGGGACAGCUAGAAGAUAGUUCCGAAAGAAUUUAUCCCCCGGGGGCAACUCGUCUUUCCAAGGGGAGGGGCUCCUCCUUCCCUCUCUGCACAUCCAUGGCUCGCUCCAACCAGUUGCAAUCUUUCAGAAAUUUGCAAACAUUCGAUGGUCAGAUGUCGCGGCCGGUCGCUUACUACAACCCCGCUCAGAUGCAAGAUCGGUCCCAUCCCCAGCAUCCUCCUUAUGUUCCUCCUUUUCACGUUGCUGGGUUCGCACCGGGACCAGUCCCUGCUGCUGACGGCAGCGACGGGGGAGCUGAUGUGCAAUGGAAUUACGAUUUGGAACCCGAGAGGAAAAGACUAAAAGAACAGGACUUUCUCGAGAACAAUUCUCAGAUUUCUUCGGUAGAUUUUCUGCAGCCACCAUCUGUUUCCACUGGAUUGGGCUUGUCAUUUGAUAAUGCCCGCUUGGCUUCCACGGGAGACUCGGCUUUAUUGUCACUUGUUGGUGACGACAUUGAUCAGGAGUUGCAGCAACAGGAUGUGGAGAUUGAUAGGUUUCUCAAAGUGCAGGGUGAGCAAAUGCGGCAAAGUAUACUAGAGAAGGUUGAGGCAACGCAACUUGAGAGUAUAUCAAUUGUUGAAGGAAAAGUACUUGACAAAAUUAGGGAGGGAGAAGCCAAGGUGGAAGUCAUGAAUAAGAGGAACAAAGAACUGGAGGAGCGCACGGAGCAGUUGAGAUUCGAAGUAGGCGCGUGGCAACAGCGAUCCAAAUACAACGAGAACAUGGUUGCUUCUCUCAAGUAUAGUCUUCAACAAGUGCAGCUUCAAAGCAGAGAUGGUAAAGAAGGAUGUGGAGACAGUGAGGUUGAUGAUACAGCUUCGUACUGCCAUGGCGGAUCCAUUGAUUUUCAGCUGCUGUCAAAGGACAACAACGAGAUGAUGAAAUGCAAGGCGUGUAGAGUGAAUGAAGUGAGCAUGCUUCUAUUACCAUGCAAGCAUCUCUGCCUCUGCAAAGAUUGUGAAAGUAGGCUUAGUUUUUGUCCUCUCUGUCAAUCAUCUAAAUUUAUGGGCAUGGAGGUCUACAUGUAAUUGCAUAUCUGCAUCCGAAAUUCCUAAUUUUAUAUCAAAAAAAGUACGCCCUAUGUGUUGUUACUGAUUAUUGUUUUACUAUGCUUGUAAUCCUAAGCACGCUGCUCUAAUUGCGCCUUGUGCGCGUGACAUCUUGUAAGAUAUUUCUCUUGCCUUGUUGUAGCCUCUGCAAAA